GACAAUAAAUUUGAUUGUAGCAGUAGUACUUCUUACUGUCUUCGUGACUGUAAACGCGACAAUUUUUUUUAACUGUAACGCGACUAACAUUAGUCUUCGGUCCUAUUUUUUUUUCCUUUAUUUCUUUUAUAAAAAACAUGGAAACCGAGUUUAUAGACUUUAAUAGUAGACUAAUACUUAAAUCGGGAAAAACUUAUGUUGCAUACAGACUAGGAGGAAGAGAAAUAGUCGCAGGUACUGCAGAUGCCCGUGUCACUAUUUUUAAGACAGACAAAGAUAUUCGGAAAGUAGCUGAAGCAUCUAUUGAAAGACACAUUGAUGAAGUUAGCUGCAUUGCUAUUCACGAUAAUCGGUUCGCUUCAGCUGGCACAGACGGUUUUGUUAUUAUCUACAACAAUAAUGAAUAUGAAAAGAUCCUUAUCAGAAGUACAGUCGCUGUUCGAAGCAUUGUUUUUCACCCUCAAGGCGCCAAACUUGCCAUUGCAGCAGAUGAUAAUGAUAUUCGUAUCGUAUUAGUUGCUGAUAACUCAAAAAUAGUCACCUUGCAAGGACAUACAACCAGUCUCAAAUCCCUCGACUACGACCCAACAGGCAACUAUAUCGCUUCUUCUGCAUGUGAUGGUGAGGUACGUAUCUGGAAUGUUGGACUAAGCGAGCCUGCGCCUCGUUGUAUAAAGACAUUGAAAGAAGCGACACCACCUAGCAAACCAGAUCACACUCUGUCAUCUAAAGUAUCAUGGAGCCCAGAUAAAUCAUGUUUUGCUUUUCCAGGAAAGAAUAAUGAUAUUUGUUUGUGCUCUUAUGGUUCAUGGACUACGACCUCAAUUUUAGAAAAUGGUCAUACAGAGACUGUGAGUACCUUUAGCUGGUCACCUAAUGGUUAUUAUAUGGCUACUACAGCAAAUGAUAAGCAAUUGAUUAUUUGGGAUGUCAAAAAUAAAAAGAUGGUGAGAAAGACAAUUGUAGUAACAGCCAUAACAGAUAUUGCAUGGCAUCCUACUGAAAAUCAGCUCAUUUUUGCAAACGAAAGUGGUGAAAUCACGUAUUGGGAUAGUGUCAUUCCAGAAGGAAAUAGUAAUUAUCCACAUCCAGCCAAGGCUCGAAAGCAAAUUCAAAAUAGAGAGGAGUCCAUAGAAUUGCAGUCCCAGGAACCUUAUUCAUUAGAACCAAGCUCGCUUGAUCCUCGAUCAAUUGAACCUCACUCGUAUGAUUCUCGUAAAAAAGAAAGAAACCGCUUUUUUGAUACAAUGGCUAAUGUCGACGAAGAUGACGAUGAAGGAGAAGACCUCGGUAGUGAAGGAGAUGAUGUGGAUAUGAUGGAUACUGAGGAUGACUUUAUUAUUGAUGAUGAUGGAGCAGGCUAUGUUGAGACAGCAGAAGAACGACAAAGACAUCAACAACGACUCAACUUGUCUAAUGUACACAAAAAUGGAGUUGUUCACCAGAAGCCAGUAGUUUUCGUGCCACCGACUACGUUUCAGCCUGGCGAGACACCAUUCAAUAAGCUUGGCAAUAAUAGACAAAAUGCAGCAGAGGGCGAACGCCGAUAUUUAUGCUACAAUCUUGUGGGCGCAAUGUACACUAUACAUCAAGAUAAUCACUCCAUUGUUAACGUAGAAUUUCAUGAUCAGUCUACGCAUCGCAACUUCCACUUUACUGACUAUUCCAACUUUACGAUGGGCGCACUAAGUGAAGGAGGCGCUGUGUUUGGCGUAGAAGGAGAAGAAGCCCCUAAAAAAGAAAAGAAGACAAAGACUAACGAUGAUGGAGAAGAGGAAGCGGAUUAUGAAGAAGAAGAAGAAAAUGAAGACACUAGCAAAGCUUCUAUUUUGCAUUUCCGGCCUUUAAGUAUGAGAGCAGGUGGCGAAAAGGAUUGGACAUAUCAUUUACCAGCUGGUGAAGACGUUGUUGCUGUAGCCAUCAACAAUGUUUCAGUAACUGCGGCCACUUCAGCAGGCUUUAUUCGCAUAUUUUCGCUGUCUGGUGUUCAAAAGCAUAUAUUUUCAUUAAGCAACAUAGUUACUCUAUCCGCCAUGAACGAUAUUACUCUUUUUGUAUACGCGCCUUGUCCUUCUUUUACCAACCAGCAAAACUUGAAUUACAUAUUGAUGAAUACAGAAACGAAUGAAGUGCUCCAAAAAGACAAAAUACAUAUAUCAGGAGGCAGCAAGCUAACUUGGGCAGGCUUUUCAGAAACAACGCAGGCUGCUAUUUAUGAUUCUGAUGGCAUCUUGCGUGUGCUUCAUCACCAGAGAAGACCUAACCAAGGGAGCUGGGUUCCUGUUUUUGAUGGACGAGCAUAUGCUAAAUCUGUGCAAAAAUCAGAAACGUAUUGGCCAGUUGGCUUGUUGAGAGAUAGGUUGAUGUGUGUCAUUCUUCGAGGCAGCAAUCAAUAUCCAUACUUCCCUCGUCCUCCUGUGAAUGAAGUGCCAUUGCAGCUGCCUAUUAUUGAACCUGAAUCUGAAACUGGAAAGAUCGAAAUGACUUAUCUAUCAUCAUUAUACCGAGAUCUACAUGAACGAGAUGAAGCAGAAGCUACAGGAAAACAGUAUGAAUACCAAGACACCUUUGACAGCGCUGAUAUUGAAAUGGAUAAGGAUAUAUUGAGAUUAAUUAAUAUUGCAUGUAAGUCAGAGAGACAUUCUAGAGCUCUCGACUUGGUGAACUCUCUUCGUUUAUCCGAAUCAGUGGAUAAAGCUAUCCGUGUUGCUUCUUUUCACCAUCUGUCCAGUUUAGCCAAUAGUAUGAUGAGGAUUAAAGAGCUUAAAUUUAUGGCUAAUACACGCAUUUUGCCUCCAUCUUUAACUGAGUCACUAGCAAGCCAACCAAGUCUUUAUGGAUCCAAUGUGCCAUCAUUAGAAAACAGCCUUUCCCUUUUAGAAAAAGAUGAAAAAGAUACACGAAAGAGAAGCAUCUUUGAUGAAACGGAUGAUGUAUCUAUGGAUUCUCAUGAGGACAACUCACAAAGGAUGAAAAAACCAAGACCCUUUCAAUUUUCACAAAUGUAAUUAUAAACAUGUAUAUAAUAUAAUCAACUCUUUCUCUAAAUGUGACAUCAUCAUAUGCGUACAUGAAAUAAAUGAAUACUCUGAGU